UCUGUUUGAUUACAUGGUAUACCUAUGUCAAGUGUGCAUUUAAAGAACAAUUUGAGAUGGCAUGGUAAUGAAAUUUUGUUAAUUUAUAUACCUAUAGUGCUGUGGAACAUAAUGUAAUGCAGUGAAAGUAUGUUACCUUCAAGUUAGCCACCAAAUAUGGUGAAAAUGUUGAUCAAGCAACUAAGUGGUUUAGCUGUCAUCUUACAAGCUCUGUUGUUCAUCCAAGUGUAUUGCACCACUCAUUGGGUGGUCACCCAGGAUGGAAAAAUCCAAGCCCAGAUGGACUCACUAUUUCAACUGCGUCGUCCCUAUGAUUUUCUGGCGCUGGCACAGCAGGAGCAGCGCGCCGUGCAAGUGGAGGAGUUGAAACAGCAGCUGCUGCGCCACAAGGCACACAUAGACAUGCAUGAAGAUAAGGACAUGCACUUGGAAGAACGCAUAUACCGAACAGACUCGGACUGUCUGCUGGCUGGCAAACCAUUGACUGAGUUUGACCUCGUGGCCAGCACCAGCGUGCCUCUCCAAGACUAUCCUGAGCUCAAAAUCAAUGAGCACUUGGUGCCUGCUGCUGACGAGAGCGACGAGCUGCUGGAGCCUGACUGUGUGGCAGCCUUUGACAUGCCGUCAUUCAGCAUGGCGUCUUUUGAUCAUCUUCUUGGAAUUCAAGAUCGACAUAACCUGAGCAGCGACCCUGAGCUCAGCGUGACCAUGAUGGGUGUGCGGCCUGAUGAUGACACGGCCCAUGGUGAACACCUCUUCUAUCAAGAUGACGACGCGACCUCCUCGACGGAUGACGACGACGGUGAAGGAGAGGAUGAGGACGACGUGAGCGCGUGGGGCGACCGCGUGGCGCGCACGCUCACGUCAGGCGGAGGGCGCGCGUGGCUGACGCACGUGCUGGCCGCGCAGUUCUGGCGCGCCCGCGGACACGCGCCUUCUGCAGCAGAGUGCGCCAGACGCGCGCUCUACCUCGUGCCCAGAGCGUACCGGCACAUCCCGCUGGUGCAGCUUGGCAACAUACUGCACCGCAGCAAGCUGGCGCAUGAUGCUGCAGUGGUGCUGCACUCAGCACUUGACCACCAAAGUACGCUGUACUCUGCACACCUCACCCUGGGACACGUCUACGCCACCAUGGCAUUGUAUAAUGUGUCUGCAGUGUGCUACAGCAAUGCUGCAUUACUUCGGCCAUCGUCAGCACUGCCCCGUAAGCUGAAGCACGCCGUGCUGUGCCACGCACACCUCGAAGAAGCCCUCCAGCAGCAGCAUCUGUCCCUGCAGCGGACGUUGUCAGAGCUGCAGCAGUACCAGCAGAGCCACGAGGAGUGGCUGGCGCUGCAGCAGAAGCUGCUGCUCGAGCAGGCCACGCCUGAGAUGAAACUUGAGAGCAGACUUGAGUACGAGGAGCAGAAGAUCAGGGAAAGUUCCGACGGCCGGGCGUGCAGGGCGAGACCCUGCGGUUAUCCAGCCUGCGACACCAGCCUGCGCUGUCCAGCGUGCAGCCUGUCUACCGCCUCCAACCUCACCAUCUUGGGGGCGGAUGGGUGGUAGGUCGCCCCGGCGUCGCAGGAGGAGGAGGAGCCCCGGACGCCGACGCGGACGCAUGUGAGGGCGUCAGCGCGCUGCCUUCGUGGCACGUCUUCCCUCCUGUCAUCGUCCUGCCCUCAGUCAAGGACUUCAACGUGAAGAAGUUGCUCACUGAAGACAUCGGUGAGACGCUGCAAGAUCCGCUGGCCAGGCCGCGCGACUUGCCGAUCUGCGAGCGCCUGCCGUCGCCGCUGCCUCCCAUGCUGGAGCGCCUGCGUGCCUCCGACGCGACGCUGGGCCGCUGUGACCGCGCCGCCGCCUACCUCGCCUCCUUCGGGCAUGGCGGCGACCUGAUGGAGGCCGGCCAUAGGGUCGCUAUGGCGCUGCAGAAGCGCGCGGGCCCGAAGUGGGCGCUACAGAACCUGGCGGCGCUUUACUGGCGGGCAGUGGGCAACCUCUGGAACGGCGUCGAGUGCCUCAGGGGCGUCCUGGGCGACGAGGAGACCGUCCUGGGCACCCACCAGCAGCUGCACCAUGACUCGGGCGAAGACUACGACGAGACGUGGCGCAAGUACGACGCUCUCUUCACGGACGUGGCGCUGGGCAACCUGGCGUCGCUCCUCUACGUCGUGGGGCACGUCGACGACGCUCUCGUCCUGGCACGUCGUGCCGUCAGCGUCGCAGAUUACGUCAGCGAGACGCAGUUCCUAUUGGGUAACCUGCUGAGCGCGCAGGGAAACACGACGGGGGCGCUGCACCACUACCAGAAGGUGCUGUCCCUCGCGCCCGACCACCCCUUCGCCAGGACCUAUCUUGAGGCCAUCACCUGCCACCACAGGGAGCCCUUACAAGCCGGGCAGGCUCUCCCUCUUCCAGAUGAACCGCUAUCUCUUCCAGAUGAACCGCCAUCUUCUUCAGAUGAACCGCUAUCUCCUUCAGAUGAACCGCUAUCUUCUUCAGAUGAACCGCUAUCUCCUUCAGAUGAACCGCAGUUUUCUUCAGAUGAGCCAGCAUCUACUUCAGUCUCCAUGGACGAGUCAGAGGACAUUGAUGUGCUCAGCGAUAAAGGCUUUUGUGAGAAAGGCCUUGAAUGUUCUACAAAUGGAGACGGGGAGCCUAACUUGCUGAUGGACGCCGACCGUGUCGAUGCUGCUCCUAGCGCGGUGCAGGCGCCCCUACACACGUCCAGGAGCACCCAACCACUCCCCCUCCAGGACUCUCCUCCUGCUGAGGGGCACGUCGUGGUAGAAGACCUCCCCACCGCUGACUGGUUGCUGCGUAACAAGGAAGCUCCUGAAGCCGAGGUCCCCGCGGGUGGAAGUAUGGCGAGGGAACGCGUCCGGGCGGACGGACGGACGGACGGCGCGCUCUGCGACGGCUACAAGAAAACCGUCGCACUCCGACACUUCACGUCCACGUGGCUCUCCGUCUCCGCUAAAUACGUCGACAUCUCCAAAUUCCUGCCCGAGGCGCCGGUCCCGCUGCCCCCCCAGACGCCGGCCCCCCUGUGCCCGAGUACACCGGCAUCGCUGCGGUCCCUGGACCACCUGUCGGGCGUGCGGUACCGGCACCAGCUGCCCCACGUGCCCGAGACCGGUCUGCUCGAGGCGCUGCACACGCUCGUAGACCCGCCCCAGACCAUGGAGCAGCUCGGCCAUAGACUCCAUGCCGCCCUCCAGGAGCACUCACCGUCGUCGCCAGGAGGCUGGGUUGUGUUGACAGGCGCCGCCCUCUACUGGCGCGUCGAGGGCAACGCUGGCAACGCCAUCGACUGCCUCAGAGCAGCGCUGCUCUACGCCCCUCGUCACAUGAGGGAUGUUCCCCUCACUUCCCUCGCUAACGUCUUGCAUAGGUCUGGCUUGUACAACAACGCUCUGAUCGUCGCCAACGCGGCGCUCGAGAUCUCGCCCAAGUUUGUGGUGAUACACUUCACCCUCGCCAACAUUCUUGCUGCUAUGGGCGAAUACCAGAAAGCUGCAACAUUCUACGAGUCGACUUUAGCUCUUCAGUCGACCUUCGAACCGGCGAAAGAGCGUCUGCUUGCCAUCUACUGUGAAGAGCAUCUUGAGGACUGAGCAUAGAUGCCUCUUAAUGUACCUACCUAGUUAGCCUCUAAGAUCAUCUAGUCUUUAUUUUAAAUACGCUAGAAUGAGAAGCGAGCUGCCUGUUAUAUUUUUAUUAUUUAUGUACAGAAAAAAUGCCGUAUUAUUGAGUAACGUCCGUGCUCCUGUUUUAUCAAUUUGAUAAUUUGAUUUGCCGUGAUAUCACGUACGGUUUUCACUUCAUGGAAAAUUACAAAUUUCGGACCCACCAGCACCACAAACUCUAACCAUCACAAUACCCAACAACCCGCUUAAUAUUGCACUGUAGUGAUAAUUCAGGUUCGGUGGAAGUUAUGUUUCAUUUUAUUUACUGACAACAAUUCCAGAUAUCAUUGGUCUCACCAUAACCCUUGUGCUCCGUGCUGGGCUUAGUAGCGAUGUUGAGUUACGUGACUUCUGUCUUCAUUAACUGCAUUCAAACGAGGGUAGGCCUGCAAAUAAAUGAAAAUCUUGCCCCAAUUUAUAUUCCAAAUAUAAAAUAUCGCAUUUACCGUCUUGAAAGUGCAAUUACGUCCACCGCAGCUUUUGUGUCACCUGACCUGGGGCCGGAUUAUCAAAACUUCGUAACUUUUUGUACUUACGACAAAA